UUGAUUAUCAAGAAAUGAGGCCAAACAGGGGCUGUCUUCACGCUGAACUCUAUUCUUUAUGAUAAAUUCCCCCAAGUAGCCAUCCCUAGUAAUACCUGCUGACUGCUGUUCACCAAACUAACCAUAACAAGCCGACAGUAGCAUAGAAAGUGUAUUACCAGAUCCCAUCAAAUUCAAGCACAACCCAUGGCGGACGAAUUCACGGAAGAAGAAUCCUACUCCUCCAUGUUACUCAUAAAGCUUAUGAGCAAAAGAAGAACAUGGGUUUGUCUAUUUGUUGCUGUUUACACGAUUUUACUAUACCUUUCUUGGAAUUUUUUAAAAUCUGUACUUUCUUGGUAUGAAUCGACCAUGUUUAGGGCAACUGCUGCUUCGGGGUGGACAGUUUUGUCUGUAUCGGUGGUUUUGGGGGUGGCGUUUGGGGUUCUGUCGGUGGUGGCCGCCUUGGCCGUGGCGGUGCCGGCAACUCUGGUGACGUGGAUCACUUUGCUUGUGCUUUUGACUUUUUGUGGGAAGCCCAGAAGGGAUUUGGUGGUGGAGGGGAGGAAAUUGACGGCUGAGAUUAUUGGGUUUGUGGUGAAGGUUUUAAUUAGGGAAGGCAAUGUUGUGGCUGCAAUUUGUGCUGUUAUUGGGUAUUUUGUACUUGUUAGGAGAAGUAAGGAGGGUGUUGGGUCAGAUUUUGAGUGAUGAACAUAAGGUUUUGGUUCUUGGGCACGAAGCUCGAGGAGCUUGAUUGCACGAUCUGGGAUCAUUUGUCGAUAACAGUUAAGGUGAUAGAUCUAGAUCGAAAUUUUGAAACUCAUGUCCAUUAUCGAUUAAUAGCUGGCUUGAAGCAUCUGUCAUUCGACAAACAUGUCGACACUCGACAUUACCCCACACCGUUUUAACCUUUGAGAAACUUGGUAGGAUGAAAAUUAGAAAUUUUGUAAGUUCUUUGUAAAUUUCUUGUGGUGUAAUAUUCCUUUGUUGUUGUAAAAGGAAGUGAAAAUAUGAGGCGUUUCUUGCUAAAGAUUGUAGAAAGCUUUGGUAUUGACAUUCAUUUUCCAACUAAUAUUUCAUUCUUA